UCACAGCUGCUUGCAUCAUUCACCUGAAUCUGCGGCUUGACAUCCCUCCGAGAAGAGCAGGCCACAACACGCAGCAAAAAAAAGAUCAAACCUCGUCAUAUCUGGGAAAUAGUGCUAUUAAUCAAUUUUUCUGGAAUUUAUAUCAUACCGGUUGAUAUAGAUGAUGAUGAUGGCUGUAGUUUGCGCCUUUGUGACACUCGGUGUCCUCGCGCCGGCUUUGGGAGGUCCCCCAGAGGUGCAUCUACUUACAAAGAAAUCAGUGACUAGCAGCAAACAGCUGAUCCUGACCUGCCUGGCCACAGGUUUCUACCCUCCAGAUGUGCAGAUUCAGCUGAGAAAGUCCAGAACGUCCCUGCCUGAACAUCUGGUAACUUCUUCAGGAGUCAGACCCAAUGGUGAUGGCACCUACCAGCUGAGGAAGAGUGUGGAGAUCCUGGAGAAUGAACUGACACUGUACAAUUGCUAUGUGACCCACAGCGCUCUGGAUUAUCCUUUAAUUUUAGCUAAAGAUUGCAAAGACUGCCAGAUCAGUUUGAGAGAAAUCAUUGGAGUAUUGAUUUCACUUCUGUUGCUGCUGCUUGUGGUUGCUGGUGUCAUUUAUAUUCUUUAUUUCAAAGGGAUUUUUCUUCUCCGACACACAGCAACAAAUGUACCGAGAACCGAGAAUGGAAAUGUGGCAUAUAUUCCAGCUCCUGUAGCUGAUCCAGAAGCGAAUGGACAUGCGAAUGGACGCGCGAAUGGACACGCGAAUGGAUACGCGAAUGGACACGCGAAUGGACACGCGAAUGGACACGCGAAUGGACACGCGAAUGGACACGCGAAUGGACACGCAAAUGGACACGCGAAUGGACACGCAAAUGGACACGCGAAUGGCCUCAACUAAGCAGCAUAAAAAUGAGGAUCUCAGACAUGAAGAUAUCACUGUAUUCAUUUCAAUUCUAUCGCUGCUGUUACACUGAUCAGCCAUAACAUUAUGACCACCUGCCUAAUAUUUUGUUGGUCCACAUUUUGCUACCCAAACAGCCCUGACCCGUCCUGCACUGUGUAUUCUGACCCCUUUCUAUCAGAACCAGCAUUAACUUCUUCAGCAGUUUGAGUAACAGUAGCUCGUCUGUUGGAUCGGAUCACACAGGCCAGCCUUCUCUCCCCACGUGCAUCAAUGAGCCUUGACUGCCCAUGACCCUGUCACCGGUUCACCACUGUUCCUUCCUUGGACCACUUUUGAUAGAUACUGACCACUGCAGACCGGGAACACCCCACAAGAGCUGCAGUUUUGGAGAUGCUCUGAUCCAGUGGUCUAGCCAUCACAAUUUGGUCCUUUUGGUCAAACUCAAAGCUCAAAUCCUUACACUUGUCCAUUUUUCCUGCUUCUAACAUCAACUUUGAGGACAAAAUGUUGACUUGCUGCCUGAUAUAUCCCACCCACAAACAGGGGCCAUGAUGAGGAGAUACUCAGUCUGAUUCAUUUCACCUGGAACUGGUCACAAUGGUAUGGCUGACCGGUGUAUGUAAUAUGAUAUUUUAAAGCAUGUUGGCUAUUUGAAGUCAUUCCUGUUGUUUCUGAGCAGCAGCUAGCAAAAAAUACAUGAAGGUACAUUGCCAAAUUUUUCACAAUACUAGGAAAUGACUUGAAAUGCCAAAUCCAUUUCAACAAAUACUGUAACUUCACUAAGUGCAGAAGCGUAAACAAUGCAGCAAUUUUCAUAUUUCAAGAUCAGCAUGAAAUAUGUGAAUAUGAAAUUAUUUGGGGUUUUAACCCUCCUGUUGUCCUUGGGGUCAAAUUUGACCUGUUUGCAAAUAUUUGUAUAUUAGAAAAAUGAUUUUAUUUCAUGUAUAUAAGGUUUAUGGACCAAAAAUAGCAAAAAGACUUGAACAUUCUGUGUUAUUAAGUUUAAAUAUUAAUUUUAAGUUAAUUAAAAGGGGUAACACAGGGUGAUAAUUUUACAUUUCAUUCUUUAAAAACAGUUAAAGCAGAGGAUAAAAGUUGCAUGGUCAAGUUAGAUGGUUUUUUUUACGUAUGACCAGCGGCUACACCACCCUACACCAGCCAGUGGACAUACACACGUGCUUUGUUUCAAAACUCACUCAGAUUCAGAUUUGACAACCAUACACGUAAGCCCUCGGUUAUGUCAGUUAGAAUCUGGUAAAAAGGUUCCCUGUCCUUGCCUCUGCCUUUCUUCAUAGACAUUCAAAGAAAUGAGAUUUAAUUGUUUGUUUUGAUUUAUUUGUAUGGCAUUUUUAACAAUUUUAGCAUUUACAGAAAUAUAGCAUUUAGGCACAGGCUUUAUUUAGGAACAUGUAGGAAGUUGUUUUAGUUGCUUUUAAUUGGCAGCUUAUCAUUUAUACAAUGUCAGUGAAGCUAAUGUCAGUGAAGCUAAUGUCAGUGAAGCUAAUGUCAGUGAAGCUAAUGUCUCAGUUAGCAUUUGCAUUUUAAUGAAAGCUAAUUCAUUAGCUUCUGACGAUCUGACCGGACAGCAGUAUAAGUAAUAAUUAGUGUUUGUUGGUUUGUAGACUGUUUUGUUAUUUGGUUUAAGUGAGCUCAGAAUUUCUGCACUAUUUUAGAAGUUUAUCAGAACAUUGGCAGUUUCAGUGUUUGUGUCAUUGUGAUGAUCAAGAGUUGUGAUGCUUUCACCUUCAGUGAGUUUACACUUUAUUAUGUUUUUGUCACACCUUUAAAAGGUCAAUUACUUUUUUUUUUACUGUGUUGUUACUUACAUGAAGUAUUUCAUCAAUAAAUGGA